AUGUCCAACAAAAUGGGAAUCAACGAUGGUAGAGGCGACCAUCAUCGUAGUGGAAAUAACUAUAAUACAUAUAAGCGCCCGACGUAUUCGAGUAGUUCCGGUGAGGAAGACAUUAUCGAUGGUUUCGCAAUUUCCUCAUACUCUUCCGUCACAGCAUUGGAGGCGAGAGUAGCUACUGAUAACCAUCAGCGUAAUAGGAAUCUGAGAGGUAUGAAAGAAAAUUGUUUACAUACCAGAAAAAGGAGAACAAGAAAACGAUAUAAGAUAUCAAGAAGUAGUCCCGACAAUUCUAAUUCAUCUGUAUUAGCGUUAAAAUUGGUUGACGACGAUGGAAUAUCAUCGGUUUCCUCCGGAGAUGAUAAGUGCGAAAAUGAAGAUGAAAACCUGAAUACCAUAUCAUAUCGGGAUAUGAAUAAGUCUAACAAGGAAGGACGUCAUAUCUUGAAAGGAGAAUUUCUAUCAGAAACAAAUUCCAAUAUUUCUGGCAAGCUGAGCGUAGCAAGCAUUAUUGGAAAUUCAUCUGCUGAUAGCAAUAGCCUGCGUAGCAAAAAUCAUGGUUUAAAUCGUGAACAGGGAGAAGCGCAUACGCAGAACGAUCAAGGGCUACGGGCGAUAAGAACACCUGUUCGACGAAUUGGUGACUUAGACAGUCAGAUAUCGGGAAAAUGGUGUAAUGCCCAUGUUAAAAUUGCUCGCUUAAUUUUACAAGAGAAAUUAAAGGAGAAAGAUCGAACAGAUAAUAAUAAAGACCCUGCUAGUAGUAAUUCUAUCCAUACCAUAGCAUCUAGCCGAUAUGAUGGUGCAACAAAUUUACCGGGAUAUACAUUACAAUCUCAAGUUAAAGAUUCAGUCGUUCCUCCUCUUGGAUUGUCUGUGUAUCCAGGUUAUUCGUUUCCAAAUGCACCCGGAGCUGCUACACAAAACGGACAAGUAGGUUCUUCGUAUGACAUGACUUCAGGUACCAGUUCUAUUCUUGGAACAAGAUCGAUCGGUAACUAUGGUAGUAGUAGUCCGUAUCAAUCUCCAAAUUUACCUUCAGUGGUAAAAAGAGAAGAAGUAACAUCGAUGAACAAUUCCGGACCAAGUGGAGGCAACUGGGGUAAUCUUAGUAGAGUUCAUGCCGACCAAGUUUCCAAACGAUCGGAAACCAAGUCACCCAGUAAGGCCUCACAUUCUCCUGAUGUUGAAGCCAUUAAUGGCUCUACUACAGGUACAACCGCCAUCAAAAAUGAAUCAGAGAAUGAAAAUCGAAAUACAACGAAAAAAGACACUUUACAAGAUGAUAAAAAAUCUGAAGGUGAUUCAUAUGUGAAAGAUCACGGAAAUGAUGCUACUCAAGCCCAGCCAAUUAAUGACUCUGUGAACAAGGAAUUAGAUUCUAAGAAAGGCGAUAAAAGUAGCUUUGUUAAAAAUAGAGGAAGCCCGCUACUAGAACACACUAGACCUGGUAGCAAUCACAUAAAUCAAGCUGAGCGCAACGUUAGAAAUCCAUCGCCUAGAGCGCGUUCUAGUGGAUCAGAAAGUAGUCGUUUAAAAGCUUCCGCUAGUCAUAUCAUGGACAGCGGAAGGGCGGAUUCGGUCCCCAGGCUCAGUAUGGGUCACAAUACUGGAGCACUAAGAGAAAUUAAUACUGCAGAAAGAUAUUUUGCUUAUGGGCCUGAUAUCUCCUCAAAUACGAAUCCGUUAAUGAAUCAAUUAGAAAUGAAUCAGUUAUAUAGAAAUAUGUUUAAUCAACACCCAUUACAGUCUCCAGAAUUUGCACAUGCAUCGAACGCGAAUGUACCACAGCAAUCUCCAUACAUUGACCAAAGGCACUUUAAUUUAGUUACUGCUAAUAGUUCACUAUCACAAUAUGGGAUAGAUGCAACAACCGCUUACUACUUAAGUCAGCAUCCUAGUGUAUCAGGCUAUAGUGGCCAACUAGGUAGUGCUCUUAACUCUACCAAUUAUUCGGUUGAUAUGCGAAAAUUUGAGCAAGCAGGCCCGAUAUUAUUUGGCGGUUUAAGUUCAGGCAUAUCUCAGAGUCCUUCAGCACAUCAAAAUGGAAUACCCGGUAUGAUACACGGUAUGUCACCAAGAUUAUCAGCACCUGGAAUGUCGGGUGGAAUUAGUAAUAAACCGGUGGGCGUUUCAAGCCUGGAUCAAUUGCAACUUACUGCAAAUUCAGUAUCAACUCAUAGUCAGCCAAGUUAUGGAAUACGUCCGCCCUCAGGUGAAGAUCCUGUUAAUCCUUUGAACACUAUUCCAAUAACAUCUUCCUUGCAUCCUGGCUUUAGAGGUACUAAGCCAGAUUCAAGAGAUGAUCGAUCGACAUCUAAUUAA